UUAUUUUAGGCAGCAGCCAGACACACAGAGACCAUUUCUCCAGAGACAGCAGCAGAGCAGCUGGCUCUCGCUGAACUCAAAUUGUUUUUCUUCUUCCUUUAAGUCUGCUCAGCUCUGUCGGGCGGCAUACCUCCCCGGCAGGAAUGUGACUGUGCUGCAGCUGAGGAGCCGUCCGACCUGUGGCUACAAGCACAGAGCCGAUUGCAUCACAUCCGAGUGAGUUAUCUGUGUGAAUCUGAGGGUGUGUGUGUGGUUUUUUUCUUUUCUUUUCUUCUUCUACUUCCAUUUGACAUGUAAAGUCAAAUCAGGAAGUGGGAUGCAGUGACAGAACAGAACGCAGCAGGCGCAGGAUGGCACUAUGUCUGCCUCUCGGCCUGCCAGCAUGAGAGCCUCCCGGGGGAAGACCCCUCUCCUCCUGCUGCUGCUGGUGUUGAUCGCUCUGACUGGGACAGCGUUGUGUCAAGAGGAAAGUGACGAUGCAGGGGAGGAAACUCCAGAAACAGAUGACUCGAACACGGAAGAUGUCGACCCAGAUACCCCAGUGUCGUCCACGACUGCUCCUGAGGGAACUGCUCCGACAGACCCAGAACCCUCAGAAGAUCCAGGAACAGAGGGAAAUGACGGAGGAGGCUCAGGAGAAGAUGAGGCAGUAGAAGGUACAGGGGAGCCCCGUGAUGGAGAGCCAACCCCAACACCAGAGGAAGACGACACUCUGGGUGUCAUCAUCAUCACCGUCCUCGGGGUGCUGGUGUUCGUGAUCAUCGGCGUGAUCGUUUGUGGGAUUUUCCUCAGCCGCAAGUGGAACAGAAACAAGAGAAAUCAAGAGCUCAGGAAGGAAGAUCCAUAUCUGGAUGGACCCAGCGAAGAGAAGGUGCCCAUGCCCAUGUUUGAAGAAGACGUCCCCUCGGUGCUGGAGCUAGAAAUGGAAGAGAUGGACCAAUGGAUGAAAAAAGACGGUGAAACUGCAGAGGACUCUAAUCAUGCAGGAUUCUAAUUAUGGUCAAAGAGACGCGCUCCCACAACACGAGGACACACACUCGUCAGAGCAGCGUUGACAACGUGGACGUUUUGACCUUUCUACAAUAAUCCUGCAUCAUUUUACUGCCUGGAAACGACCUCAUGAGACUUUGGAUGGAACUCCCAAUCAUGACUUUUGUAUUUAAAGUAAAACCUUCAGUGAGAGAGAUUAAUCUCAUCGUCUGCGGUGGAGAGCAACGUGCAAGUUGGACUUUCUUGUGUUAAACACUGGCUUUUUUUAAAUGUCAAUGAUCUGUGUGUUGCCACCUUGAAUUACUUCUGCUGUGCUUUGCCUGUUUUUUUAUUGUUUACUGUACUACAGCAGGGAAAUGUACUGUAUUUUCUGUCUCGUCGAAUCAGCUCCUGAUUCACACUGUUCUUUGAUUGCAUUAAGACACUCCUGUCCGCCCCACACACAGACACCACUGCUCUCAAUGGCUGCUGACGACUCAUCUGCGGCUCACAGCCUCUUUAUUGUGUUACACUGCGUGACUCCCUCCAGCUGCAGGUUUUUUUAAGGGGAAAUAUCCUGUUGAUGAUUGUAGGCAUGCAUGACAGGGAGGGCCACUCCUUCUUCAUGCCUGUGCAGAGCUGGUUCCGAGAAGGAGUUUUUAGUCAGACGCCGAUUGAGAUCUCAGCGUGGGAAACCAGACGCCUGCUGUGUCUUAGUCUUUUUGAUAAGUUACCGAAAUAGCUUUCUAGAAGCUACUACUGAUAAGAUUUUGAUCUCACCAUAGAAUCGGACUGAAAACACAUCUAAGAGUGUCUCCACAGACACUCUUAGAUGUUUUUUUGUCACCAGAUUUAGUCGAUACACUGAUCUAACCAUGAGCACAAAUGUCUGUGAGUAUUUUCCAGACCCUUACAUUGUAAAUAUGGGAAUACAGAAAACCAGGGGAGAUUAUUUUCACGGAGCGCCUUCUGUAAAUAUUUCAUAUAAGGCUGUAGUGUUUUUUUUUUACUUUGCUGAUGAACCUUGGAAUAAAAUGUCAAAGUGAAAA